AUGCAUUCAAUGGAUGUACUCGAUACGCCCAGCUCAUCGCGUGCACCACCACCUGGCUUUAUUUCUGAUUUUCCUUGUCGCAAUAUCUCAUACGGCUCAAUGUCGCGAAUGGAUAGUCAUCUUUCCCUUCACUCCCCACAAAGCGCGACCUCGGGCUCCAGCGGUCCGUCAUCCGCCGUGCACGGCGUGUCAUCUGCAUAUACCAUGAAUACUUCGUCCAUCAUGGUCAAUGGACAGUCUAUGAUUCAAUCUGUGCAUGCCGGGGCGUUGGAUUCUUCUGGGUCUCCGGGGGCUUUGGGGAAUUCAGCUUCUGAGCUGGCGUUUCCCCCUUUAAGCAAUAGCUCAUCAAAGCCGACGCAAGACCCAAGUUUUAUAUUCCCGCCCCCAGACGUGCCUGAUUUAUUCACUGGGCGCGAUAGCUCACCAGAGACACCCGGAGACUCACACUUACUGGUUGUUGGAGACAUACUUAAAACUAUUGCACACACCGCGCAAUCAGCAAGUACAGCAAUUGAUGAGCUCAAGAAGACCAUCACACUGGUCUCCGAGCUUAUUGCCGCCACAAAAAUCACGGAUACGCCAGUCAUAUCACGUCAUCCUUCGCCUCGACGCUUUUCUUUGUUUGGCGCAAAGUCCAAUCAAUUGGCGUCCGGCAUGCACUUUUCCUCUGCGGCAGACUUAGGUACUAUGGAUGACAUGUCUCGGAAACGGUGUGCUUCAUCGAUGGCCGGCGACCGUGUUAUCAAAGCGCCAAAGCGUGAGCCGCAAGAGGACACGCCACUUCAUAUUAUCCCUCCGCAAGUGUCUAGCCAACAACCUUUUUCUGCUGUUGUUGCGGCCUCCAUGACUGAUAUGCGACCCACGACUUCAUAUGUUCCUGCAAAUGCGCCUGCAGAUUCAGCUUCCCGACCAACAAGCUCCGCAGGUCAGCCUUCCAUUGCAGGAUAUGGUCUGAUUUCACAUCAACCGUCCGCUGCAUCUAUGAGCUUUACGAUACCUGUAUCUUCAGCACCGCCUGCCUCAUCUACGGAAUUCAUUUCAACAUCACCGCUAUCGACAUCUAUGCCUCAUUCUGCUCAUUUCCCCCCUCCCCCCACCGUCCGGGCCUCGUGGUCAGACAGUGCUGCCACAUUACCUCAUCGCAGCCAUCAGCAUUCACUUUCGGGAAGUUCCCUUAAUGCCAGCAUCAAUUUUCAUUCGAUACCCAGCAAUAGCUCGUCUCUUGGACCACUCCCAUUUUCAACAACCGGAGCAUUCCCUUCAUCAUCUUCACAGCCACAGAAUUUGUCUCCGACAUCAACGCCAGGGCACAGCAAUGAAGUCCCCCAAGAGUAUCGUGCAGAAGUUGACCGUAUCUUCUUCGAGUUCUUGAACAGCAUCUGUUCAAAUUUGGAUGCCACCGAUGCGAAAGGGGAGCCGAUACAUCAAACACUAAUGGCAAAGAAAAUGCAACGUCUAGAUGAGUCACCUGAUUUUCGACCAUUUAAAUUCCGGAUACAGGCUUUCACGAAUGCAUUUUUGGAAGAGAUCCGCAACUACCUGUGGAACCAACCGUAUAUCUCGCGCUUCAACGAGGAUGGUAAAAAGACCAAGUCUAAGGGUAAUCAUAUUUGGAACAUAGAUGCAAAGAAGAGCCCUCAUGAUGGCACUUGGUCUUUUCGCCCUUUCCAUCGGAAAGUGGCUGGCUCGCCGCCUGGUGUUGCUUACGUUGGCCUUCGGUGGUCUUGGGCACCUCGUAUAUGGGAUCCACAGGCGUCACGAUCGAACUUGAUAGUUACGUAUUCUUCGCCGUCCCUCCCGUCCUGGCUAUUUUGGGAAGACGAUGUGCUGUCAGGAACGCCUCCCCCGGACGCAGAGAGCUGUGACAUCACGGUUGUAGCCCGUUAUGUUCAAGAUGGGCAAGAAGAGCUGCUGACGCAGACCUUCCAUCUUAAUAUUGUGCCUGUCUCGAACCUUGACACCUCGUUCUCUGCCUCGCGUCGCGGUUCUAUGAAUGGGGAGAUGCACAAGCCACGUCGGGUGACAAGUGAUUCCACAGUUCCUCAGGCAUCUCCCAGGCCGUUGAGGUCCCAACCAUCGUCUGGUCUGGUGUCACCAGUUGCCACGCGUGAUGCACAAGUGAUUCAAGUGCUGACGUCAGCUGCUCAGCGUGUCGCUCAAGAAGCACAGUCUCAAAUAAUAUCUUCCGCGACACCAGGCGAGCCCGGCCCUGAGCUGCAGGCCCUUGCGAAGCAACAACAUGUGUUGACAAUUACCGCACAAGCGUUCGACCAAGAAGUGACUGGUCAACAACGGUCGGAGAUCGGCCCACAGGCAACUACUGUGUUAGCAGCAGCAGCACAACAGGUCGUAUUCCAGGCUGCACGCCAAGUAGUUGCAGAUCGCUCUGCUGCUGUUGCGAAUCAGAUUUCCGCGGGUUUCACUCCCCCGCCUGAUGCCGCUACACAGGUGACUGUAAAUGAAGUGUCGGUUGCUACGCAAUCAGCCGUUGCACAGGCUGUCGAAAUCACAGGACCGUUAUCCAACGAGGUUGACGUCCUGAUGACGGCAAGUUCCUUGUUGCAACAGCAGAUUAGAGCUCCAACUUUGGCCGACUAUCAUGAUGCUCCGCCAUUCUUAGCAUAUCUUCUUUAG